CUGGAGAGAAGCGUCAAAAAAUCAGGAAGCACCGAGGGGGGAAGGGAAUUCCUCCGUUUCAGGGGAUUUUCCCCCUUGGACAGGCGAUUUUUUGGGAUCGUUCUCCCGCCAUGGAGCCCUGGGCGCUGCUGGAGCCGCGGCAGAAGGAGCUGUACAGGGACGUGAUGCACGAGAGCUACGAGACCCUCCUGUCCUUGGCAGCUCAGGGCCUGGUGAGCGAAAAGGCGUCGGCAUCGUCGGAGGCCGGAGAGGGGCCGGGGGUGUUCUCGGAGCGGGAGAAGCCCCUCGGCUCCCACCGGCGCAAAUCCAAGCGCCCGGGCCGGGCUUUGCCCCCCCGGAGCCCCCGGGUGGUGCCCAAACCCGAGCCCCAGGAAAGGCCGUGCCGGGAGCGGUGCCGGGAUCGUCCCUUCGGCUGCUCCGACUGCGGGAAGAGCUUCCCGUGGGCCUCCCACCUGGAGCGGCACCGGCGCGUCCACACCGGCGAGAGGCCCUUCGGCUGCCCCGAGUGCGGCGAGACCUACAGCCAGAGCUCCCACCUGCGCCAGCACCGGCGCGGCCACGCCGGCGACCGCCCGCGCCGGGGAGGAGGUCGGGGCGGACAGAGUUUUGCCGGCGUGGAGGCCCCAUCGCGGCCCCACCGCUGCGGCGACUGCGGCAAGGCCUUCGCCUGGGCCUCGCACCUCGAGCGGCACCGGCGCGUCCACACCGGCGAGCGGCCCUUCGGCUGCGCCGAGUGCGGCGAGCGCUUCAGCCAGGCCUCGCACCUGGCCAAGCACCGGCGCGGCCACGACGCCGCCGACGCCGGCGCCGAGCGGCCCCACCGCUGCCCGGCCUGCGGCAAGACCUUCCGGCAGAGCGCGGAGCUGGCGCGGCACCGCCACGUCCACCCGGGCCGGCGGGCGCUUCGCUGCGGCCACUGCGGGCGGUUGUUCCGCGCCGGGCCGGCCUUGGCGCGGCAUCAACACCAGCACCACCACCAGCGUUGCCGGCAGCCCCCCGAGCGCCCGCACCGCUGCGGCGACUGCGGCAAGGCCUUCGUGUGGGCCUCGCACCUGGAGCGGCACCGGCGCGUCCACACCGGCGAGAGGCCCUUCCCCUGCGCGGCCUGCGGCGGGCGCUUCGCCCAGAAGGCCCACCUGCUGCAGCACCGCAAGACCCACUCCCCCGACCGGCCCUACAAGUGCGGCGACUGCGGGAAGCGCUUCGGCGAGGCCGCCCCGUUCCUGGCGCACCAGCGCGGCCACGCCGCCCGCAAGGCCUUGGCCUGCGGCCUCUGCGGGAAAGGGUUCGCCUGGGCCUCGCACCUCGAGCGGCACCGGCGCGUCCACACCGGGGAGAGGCCCUUCGGCUGCCCCGAGUGCGGAGAGGCCUUCAGCCAGGCCUCGCACCUGGCCAAGCACCGGCGUAGCCACCUGCACAAGGCCGCGGGGACGGGGGUGGCCCUCGCCGGGACGCGGCGGAGGGUUGGGGACGAGCCCGACGUCGCCAUGGACUCGCUGGGAGAACAUGGCGGCGAGGAAGCCUGA